UUAAAUCAGGUUUAGUCCAUUUAAGGCAUACAGUAUAGUAAUCCGUCGUUUUGUCAUGGAGAAAAUUUGGCAAGCUGGACAGCGAUGAUCCACGGAGAAUGUUGACAUUAGUCUAUAGUCCCUGAGCCACACGACUCACUGUUUAAAAUAAAAAAGCACGAAAAAUACGUUAGGCAGCGAAGCCAUGAAAGAGGAACCUUGUUGUAGCGAGGGAUUACUGUAAUACAUUAUUCUGACGUCAUCAGGUUGAGCCGCUGCAGUGAUUUGCGCUUUUCGUGCCUUCAGACCUUUUUACGACAUAAACUCAUUUGCGGCUCCGUCGCUAGGUUACCGCCGUUUGGUCCCGCCUUUGUUCCAAAUAAAACAGUUUUGAUUGGUCUCGCUUUCUUUUGCCGUUAAGCGACAGCGGCUGUCGUGUUGCGAUGUCAAUAAAGCGGAAUUUGGACACUAUUUUUAGUGCAGUAUUUUGAGAAAUAUGCGACGAAACUCUUUGUAAAAUUCCGAAUGAAAAAAACAACUAGUUAAUGCAUCGAGGCAAGGAAUAAAGACGUGGAGGGGCAUGCUUCGUUCAUCCACUUGCCUUGUCUGACCGCUCCAAAAUGGAUGCAGAAAUGGAUUCUCAGAGGAGUGUGACUGGUGACAGCCAAUCUGAAUGCAGAUCUGAUGAGCUCUUCUGCAGAACCCCGGAACAAGACGGAGACGUUCUUUUACGGGGAGACACGGCCUCUCAGACUUUAAUGGACUGCGGGUCUUUAAGCGGGUUCAGCGAUCCUGCUCUUGCAAGCAUUCGAAGUAAUCAAGCCCCUGCUCAGUGUUCGAAUGGACAAAAAUCAAAGAGGCCAAGUUCUCCCGGCCCUCACCCGGUGAAAACAACCUGUGUCGCCGUACACUCGCCCAAUCCUAAACCCACCUGCUGCUCGAGUCCGCGGAAGGGCCCGUCACCCGACGACGUAGAGAUGCAAAGUCCCAACAGCCCCGUUAAUAAAACGCUGCUCGUCGACAGCUCGGCAGGAGAUGGCACCGCUUGUGUCGAAGAGUGUGCAGAGGCCUUGGGAGACAAAUCUCAGCACUUUGUUUCAGAGCACGACGCCGCAUGUUCGGCCGCAGGAACUGGGGAUUCUGUGCUGGCAGAUUGUAGCGAUUUAUCGGAUGUAAGCCAGGAAUUGAUUAUCAACCAAUCGGGUGCUACUUGUGAAAGUCCUUCCAGUGUUCCAUCCCCUAUGCAUGCUGUGACCAGAGGAUGGCUGGGGACCCCCAUAGAUGAGCUGAACAGGAUGCCCCAAUGCGCUCCCCCUUUGUCUCACCUAAAAGCCGUACCUAACCACACCGUCACAGUAAGGACAGAUCUCCUCAGAGAGGGAGAGGUGCCUGUCCCGUACCCUGGCAAGUUCAAAGAUGCGUGGGAUGACGUGUCCGUCAAGAUGCCUUGCUCUGAGAAGAAUCUCUUUCCACUGGAGACGGAGGAUGGAGGCGGUGUCCAGAGUCGGUGGGAGUUAAUCCACUCGGCCUUGCAAGGAGGGUUCAAGAGUUCUCUGGAUGUGAGGGAUGCUAUCUUGCGAUACAACACAGCCCAUGCGAAGAAAUGGGACUUCACCGCCCUCAACCUUCUUUGCACAGAGUGUCUGGAGCAUUGCGAGGUUCAGCACCUUUACGAGGCCGUGCUGCCUUCCAUGGUCAAACUGGCACUCAGCGCUCCACGCCUCUGCACUAUGCCAAUUCCCCUGCUGAAGUCACGGAUGAACCAUUCCCUAACCAUGUCUCAGGAGCAAAUCGCAUGUCUUCUGGCUAACGCCUUCUUCUGCACGUUCCCGCGACGCAACUCCCGCAAGUCGGAAUACUGCAACUAUCCCGAGAUCAACUUCUACAGGUUAUUUGAAGGCUCCUCACCACGAAAAAUUGAGAAGUUGAAAACCCUCAUCUGCUACUUUAGGAGAGUUUCGCAGACCAGACCAAAGGGCCUCGUGACAUUCACAAGACAAACGAUGAGCACGCUUCCAACCUGGGAGAACUGCCAGACUCAGCUGACACGCUUACAUAUCACCUGCGAGGGGACAAUCGAGGAUGACGGUUACGGGAUGCUGCAGGUGGACUUUGCAAACCGAUUCGUAGGUGGCGGCGUCACGGGACAUGGCCUGGUCCAAGAAGAGAUCCGGUUCAUCAUCAACCCCGAACUCAUUGUCUCCCGUCUCUUCACUGAAGCACUGGAGUACAACGAAUGCCUCAUUAUUACAGGUGCUGAGCGGUAAAGUCGAUAUUCCGGCUAUGCUGAAACGUACAAGUGGGACGAGUGCUACAAGGAUGAGACUCCGAGGGACGACUGGCAGAGACGGUGUACAGAGAUUGUGGCCAUUGAUGCUCUGAAAUACAAAAACUUCCUGGAGCAAUUUCUACCUGAAAAGAUGACGAGAGAGCUCAACAAGGCGUACUGUGGAUUCUUCCGAAAUAAUGCCAACAGAAAGCACCUGUCCGCAAUAGCCACCGGCAACUGGGGCUGCGGCGCUUUCGGCGGAGACACGAGACUCAAAGCGCUGAUUCAGCUGAUGGCAGCAGCGGAGGCGGGCAGGGACGUGGCGUACUUCACCUUUGGAGAUGCUCUGCUCAUGCGAGAUGUUCACGACAUGCACACUUUCUUGACUGAGAAACAAGUCACCGUGGGGAGGCUGUACGGCCUUUUGAACCAAUACUCCAAUUUGGUUUGCAAGAACUGCCGCACCAGGCGACCCGAUGUCAGCCUGUACGAUUUCAUCUACCGGAAGGUCUCUUCCCCUAUGACCGCCGAUGCCUUGGACUCUGCUAAGGACUUUGGGAUGUCCCCUAUAAAAUCAGAUUCUCAUUAAAAAAAAAAAAACCCCAAAAGUCCCAAACUCCCCUCCUCCAGGUUGAGAAACCUCAGUCGUGUGCUUACAAUCACUCUUCCAAGUGCACCUCAAUAAUUACAAUAUUGCAGAAAACAUUUAUUUCAGUAGUUCAGUUAAUAUGAACCACAGGCUUGUCACAAAGUGCGAAAAUACAUGAGAACUGUCGUUUCUUGAUUUAAGGUUUCUCCAUCGGGAACCAUUGGUCUAAAUGAAGCUCCUCCGCUCAUUUCAGCAUCGUUCCAAGAUGUCGCGACAUGGUGCCAAAGUCAUACUUUUAUAUUCGAGACAGACAGUCACCAAAAAAUAAAAAAUAAAAUCCUUGACUCU